AGUGACCCCCUGGAGCUGCUGGUCUCAGGUGCAUUGGGGAAGCCCUCCCUCCUGACCCAGCAGGGCCCUGUCGUGACCUCUGGACAGAGCCUGACCCUCCAGUGUCGCUCUGACGUCAGCUACGACAGAUUCGCUCUGUCCAAGGAGGGCGCACGGGACCCUCCCCAGCUUCUUGGCCGACAGCCCCAGGCUGGGCUCUCUGGGGCAGACUUCUACCUGGGCCCUGUGAGACCCUCCCACGGGGGCCGGUACGCAUGCUAUGGUGGACGCAAGCUCUCCUCCGAGUGGUCGGCCCCCAGUGACCCCCUGGACAUCCUGGUCGCAGGACAGCUCCCCUACACACCCUCCCUCUCAGUGCAGCCGGGACGCACGGUGACCUCAGGAGAGAAUGUGACCCUGCUGUGUCAGUCAUGGAGCUCUGAGGACACUUUCCUUCUGUCCAAGGAGGGGGCAGCCGAUCCCCCCCUGCGUCUUAGAGCAAAGCGCCGAGCUGGGCAGCACCAGGCUGAGUUCUCCAUGAGUCCUGUGACCUCAGCCCACGGGGGUACCUACAGG